UUUUCAUUCAUUUGCGGCGGGGGUUGCAUGUAACCUCCCCACCCACCGGCGACCACCACCCCCAGCACCGAGUCUGUGUGUAACCUGUGAACUGCCGGAUCAAGUGGAGCUCCUGUUACCUGCAUUGGGACAAGAGCAGCGGGGAGAGGGGGAGGAGAGAGAGAGAAGGGGGAAGAGCGAGGGGAGAGACUCUGCAAUAUCAUUUGUGAAUCGCGCUCAGGGCUGCAGAUACAUAUUCCUGCUGCUGCUGCUGCUGCUGCUGCUGCUGCUUUAAUAACAACACAUGCAGUAGGAUCGCAGGUAACAGCGACUGCGGCUGCACCGCGAGCAACUUGGAGCUGUCCCUCAGCACUGGAGGAGCCCAUUCGGGAGGAACUUUGUGCAGCCCCAGGGACUGAUUAUUAACAUUGACCCACGGGGUCGGGGAAUCUCUGAUGGAUCUUUGGUUUAUUCUGGAAUAAAAAAAAGCGAAAAAAAAGCGAGGCAGUUGCUCUGUCAGAUCUGACUUGCUUGGCAGCAGAGGAAUCAGUUGUGGCUGUCGGACGUGGGAAACGGCUGUGACUUCUUUCAGUCCCGGGAACUGUAGCAAGAGAGUCGCGCCAAGUCGCAGGGAUGAGCGACUAAAGUUGCAGCGAGCGGAGAGCCGAGACAGAGACAGAGAAGCGGCGGUACGUGCAGUUGAGUCCAGUGCAGGGAAUGAUGAGGACUGAGGGGACACAGAGUCGCUGGAGCUCGUGGCUGCUGCUGCUGCUUCACAUUUCACUGACUGUGGCCGCCACCAAACAGCUGCUCAAGUACCGGAUCGCCGAGGAAGGACCGGCCGAUGUGCGGAUCGGUAACGUGGCCAAAGAGAUCGGGAUAGUGAAAAGCUCCGGGGACGUGACCUUCAGCCUGGAGUCCGGUUCCGAUUACUUUAAGAUCGACAACGUGACCGGGGAACUGAGCACCACGGAGCGCCGGAUAGACCGGGAGAAGCUGCCGCAGUGUCAGAUGAUCUUCGACGAGAACGAGUGUUUCAUAGACUUCGAGGUGUCGGUGAUCGGGCCGGCGCAGAGCUGGGUGGAGCUGUUCGAGGGCAGAGUGAUCAUCCUGGACAUUAACGAUAACACCCCGACCUUCCCGUCCCCCGUGCUCACUCUGACCGUGGAGGAGAACCGGCCCGUGGGGACUCUGUAUCUUCUGCCCACCGCCACCGACCGCGACUUCGGUCGCAACGGGAUUGAACGCUACGAGCUGAUCCAGGACGCCGGGGAGAGUCUGUAUUUGUCCGGCCGAAGGGGGGCGCCAGAGAGUGGCAAGAGGAGGAUGGAGUCGGACGGCAGGAGCAGCGUGUUUGAGCUACAAGUCGCCGACACCUCGGAUGGGGAGAAGCAGCCGCAGCUUAUUGUUAAGGGACCGCUGGACCGGGAGCAGAGGGAUUCCUAUGAGCUCACCCUGCGGGUAAGAGAUGGGGGGGAACCUCCUCGAUCGUCCCAGUCCAUUCUCAGGGUCCUCAUCACCGAUGUCAACGACAACAGCCCCCGGUUCGAGAAGAGCGUGUACGAGGCCGACCUGGCGGAAAAUAGCGCCCCGGGCACCCCUAUCCUGCAGCUCAGAGCCGCCGACUACGACGUAGGGGUGAAUGGUCAGAUCGAGUACGUGUUCGGGGCAGCGACCGAGUCGGUGAGGAGACUUCUCAGGCUGGACGAGAACUCCGGUUGGCUCAGCGUCCUGCACCGGAUAGACCGGGAGGAAGUCAAUCAGCUGAGAUUCACCGUCAUGGCCAGAGACAGGGGGCAGCCCCCCAAAACCGACAAGGCCACGGUGGUGCUGAAUAUAAAGGAUGAGAAUGAUAACGUGCCCCUCAUAGACAUCAGGAAGAUCGGCAGGAUCCCAGUGAAGGACGGAAUGGCCAAUGUGGCCGAGGAUGUGCUGGUAGAUACCCCUGUAGCUCUGGUGCAGGUGUCCGACAGGGACCAGGGGGAGAACGGAGUGGUCACGUGCACUGUAGUCGGCGACGUCCCGUUCCAGCUGAAACCGGCGAGUGACGGGGAGGGGGAGCAGAACAAGAAGAAGUAUUUCCUGCACACCUCGGCCCCCCUGGACUAUGAGAACGUUAAGGAAUACAAUGUCAUCAUCGUGGCCGUGGAUUCGGGGAGCCCCAGCCUGUCCAGCAACAACUCCCUGACCGUCAAAGUGGGCGACAUAAACGACAACCCCCCGGUGUUCAGCCAAGCGGCGGUGGAAGUGGCUUUCCCUGAGAACAACGUACUGGGAGAGCGAGUGGCCACGGUCCUGGCGACGGAUGCCGACAGCGGCAAAAACGCCGAGAUCGCUUAUUCCCUGGAGCCUCCUAUGGACGGGAUCUUCUCCAUUCACCCCGACACCGGCGAUAUCACCGUCAAUAUCAUCCUGGACCGGGAGCAGACGGACAGCUACGAGUUCAGAGUGGUCGCCAAAGACAAGGGCAUCCCCGUUCUGCAGGGGGCGACCUCGGUGGCGGUGCGAGUGGCCGACAGAAACGACAACGAGCCCAAGUUCAUGCAGGACGUGUUCACUUUCUACGUGAAGGAAAACUUGCAGCCCAACAGCCCCGUGGGAAUGGUGACCGUGAUGGACUCGGACAAAGGUCGCAAUGCUGAGAUGAGUUUAUUUAUCGAGGAGGACAGCGAUAUCUUCUCCAUAGAGAACGAAACGGGGACCAUCUACUCCACCGUCUCCUUUGACAGGGAACACCAGACCAGCUACACGUUUAGGGUGAAAGCAGUAGAUGGUGGAGACCCUCCCAGAUCAGCCACAGCCACCGUGUCCCUGUUUGUCAUGGAUGAGAACGACAAUGCCCCUUCCAUUAGUUUCCCAAUUAACACUUCCUAUGCUGUGCUGUCCCCUGCCAGCAACGUGAGAACUGUGGUGGCUUCUGUAGUGGCAACCGACAGUGACAAUGGGGUCAAUGCUGAUCUCAACUACAGCAUCGUAGGGGGGAAUCCCUUUAAGCUCUUCGAAAUUGACUCCACCAGCGGAGUGGUGUCUUUGGUUGGCAAGCUCACCUCUAAGCAUUAUGGGCUGCACCGGCUAGUAGUGCAAGUGAAUGAUAGCGGGCAACCCCCCCAGUCUACAGUAGCCCUGGUGCACGUGUUUGUCAAUGAAACCAUCUCCAACGCCACCGUGGUCGAUUCCCAAAUUGCCAGAAGUUUGCACGUCCCACUAACCCAGGAUAUCGCUGGAGACCCCAGUUAUGACAUGAGCAAGCAGAGACUGAGCAUAGUCAUAGGAGUGGUGGCUGGCAUCAUGACUGUCAUUCUGAUCAUACUAGUGGUGGUCAUGGCACGAUAUUGCAGAGCCAAAAGCAAGAAUGGCUACGAAGCCGGCAAAAAGGACCACGAGGACUUCUUCACCCCCCAGCAGCACGAUAAGUCUAAAAAGCCCAAAAAGGACAAGAAAAACAAAAAAUCCAAGCAGCCCCUGUACAGCAGCAUAGUGACAGUUGAGGCUUCCAAGCCAAAUGGACAGAGAUAUGACAGUGUCAAUGAGAAACUGUCGGACAGCCCCAGCAUGGGAAUGUACAGAACUGUCAAUGGAGGUCCAGGUAGUCCUGAUCUCGCCAGGCAUUACAAAUCCAGCUCCCCGUUGCCCACAGUACAGCUCCACCCCCAGUCACCUACUGCUGGCAAAAAACACCAGGCUGUGCAAGACUUACCCCCGGCCAAUACUUUUGUAGGAGCUGGAGACAACAUCUCGAUUGGAUCAGAUCACUGUUCUGAGUAUAGUCAAACCAAUAACAAGUACAGCAAACAGCCAUUUCGUAGAGUGACAUUUUCUGUUGUGAGUCAGCCCCAGGACCCGCAUCAGGGAUCGUUGCAGAGUUGCUAUGACAGUGGUUUGGAGGAGUCGGAAACACCAAGCAGUAAGAGUUCUUCAGGACCAAGACUCGGUGCCUUACCUCUCCCAGAAGACAACUACGAGAGAACAACGCCAGAUGGCAGUGUUGGUGAGGCAGAGCAUAUGGAAAAUGACUCAAGACCUUUGCCAGAUGUAGCUUUGACAGGAAAAUGCACCAGGGAAUGCGAUGAAUAUGGCCACUCAGAUUCCUGUUGGAUGCCGGUUCGCACGUCACCUGAACGGAAACAGAAAACCCAACCAAAGCUCUCCACAUUCAUGCCAGUCGAUGAAAGGGAUAGCCAGGAAAUGUUGGCCAACGGGGAAGUAACCCUUAUGGGAGAUCGCAACAGAAAUCUACUAAACAAAAAGCUAGCAUCGUAUGAGAACUUCAACACAGCUACAUACAGCAAAAGUGAAGAAACCAAUCCAGAGGAUAUUCCUCUUACUCAAAAAGGGGAAUACAAGCCAUCCCCUGUCAAUACUUUAACUAGAAGAGAAGUCUAUCUGUAAGCUAUUCAAGCAACAGGGUUCUUUCAUGUCAAACAAGGAAAGAAAUAAGGCAAAACUUUAAUAUAGCAAGAAUACACAGUAACUCAGAAAUAAGAGGGGGCCACCAAAGAGACAAAAGCUUUGCCUGCCAAGUUUGCCUCCAUAUCAGGCACUUAAUUAUUGUUUGCUUGAAUAUAAUGUGAUAUGUAAAGAUCAUUGAUGUAAAUUGCAUGUUUGAACCCCUUCACUGCUGUUUUGUUCACUAAAGUAAUGGUUGCAAGUUUCUUUCAUUGUAAAUGGCCUAUUUAAAAAAAGGGAAAAUGUGCGUAUGGACAGAGUCACAAAAGGAGGGGCAUCCGUAUGGAUCACCUGAUUGGUGUCCAAAGAAUUACUGGUUAUUCCAGUUCCAUGUCCUGUCCAGUGACUCUCCGUUUCUCUUGUAUGGACGUCUUGGGAUUUGCUGAUUGGUGGCAGUAGGUGCUGUCACCCUACUGUACAUGAGAUACACCUAAAAACAUAAAUAUAAAGUCUAGCUGUUAUCAUCUUGCUUAAGCAUGUGUUAUAGCCAUUUAGUUCUGUCUGACAGUAAAAUAGCUUGUAAACAUCAGGUCAGAAAAUGAUAAUCAAAAGAUAUCAGACUAGUGUGCAUUAAAAAAAGUUACCAAAUAAAUAAGCACCUAAAACCUAAAAAUGUUCUUAUUUUUUGCAUUUAGAAUCUAGGUUAAAGGUUUCUGUUAUAUUACAGAAAGAAUAAAAUAGGAAGUAAAUGUAAAUCUUAUUUUAUAGAUAUAUCACUUUAAAAAAAAUUGACUUUAUUGGUAAUCUGCUACACAAUCCUAGUAGACAAAAUAGAAAAAAUAUAUGAAUAAAUGUUUUUAUUGCACAGAAAUAUUUCCAAUUUUCUUAGGAGAAAAGGGUUAUUAGAGGGCAUUUGGCCAAAGAAUAAAAAAUAAAAAUAGUAGCGAUUUUCCUUGAACAAAAUUAGCGUAAAAAUUAUGUUUUGCACUAAUAUCUAUGCUGUAUGUGUUUGCAUUACACUGAAACACUGCAGAAAAUGGAUGGAAAUAGUUUGACACAAUGGCGUGCCUUCAACCUAAAGUCAAUAUGCUAAUGUCAGUUUAGAUGUACUUGUGAAGUAUCGUGAAGGUCCCAAGAUUUAAAAUCAUCAUUUUAGAUUCAGAAAUUUCCAUUAGAGGUUUGGUUUAAUGCAGAAACUUGACCUAUGUUACAUUGAUAUAAAUGAUAAGAUCAUUUACAAGGAUUUUUUUUUUAAACAAAGAUUUUAGUAGGUGCAGGGAUGGACAGUAUAUAUUGAAUAAUGGCAUGCUGUAAUGGUAUAUUGAGGUAACCUUAGCUCACAUUUACUACAUUUAUUUUUUUCCCUGUAUUAUUUGUAAAAUGCUAUUUGAUUUUAUAAAUGUAUUUUUAACAUUAUAAUAGUAUCUCUUUGGCGGCCCUUUUCGCAUUUUUUCGCAUUUUUUCCCAUUUUAUGCACUUAUUCAUGAAAUCUUACACAUACCCACACAUAGGGAAGGGAGGGAAGACUGUUCAUGAUAUAUACUAUAGAUGCAAUUUUGUAAAUUGUGUGUUUUUCUUUUAUCUCUUGUAUUUCAAUUACUUUUCUUUCUUCGGUCACUGAACACACCCUUCACCUUUUUUGCAUUUAUUUAAAAAUACCUUCUGCUUAUGUAUUCACUGAAAUAACGGAUAAUAGUUUUUCCAGUUGUAUUUUUUUUUUUUGGUACAUAUCCUUGAAUGUAUAGUAUACCUCUUAAUUCUGAGAGCUAAUAUAAUGCAUCAACGAACUUGUAAAAAAAAAAAACAUUGAGUCUAGUCAUUAAACAGUUUUAAACCAGAAAUGACUUUUUUAUAUUGCUGAGGGAGUACAGUGCUAAAUAAAAGCUGUUUAUAUAGAAUAGCAUUUGAACAUUCACCAGUGUAUAAAGCUUCAGGACUUUGGUUGGCGUUAAGAGGAGUUAAGAGAAAUUCCAAUACCUGAAUAGGAAGUUAAAGGACCAGUGUCAUUAAAACAUUAUCCAUAUUCUACCUUCAGCUUACUAAAUUAUUGUCCUUAUGUAUUUGUAAAGCUGUUUCUAUAUUUACUUACAUGCAACUGAAUGGAAUGGAAGACAAUUCUUUCUGGGAGGACUGUCAUGAAAAAAAAACACAAACACUCGCACAUAUAUAUAUAUAUCUCUGAUAUGUUACACAAGUGCUUUACAGAGAAUGUUUACCUUCCUCAGUUGCCCCAUUGGAGUGUGAUUUUCAGUUCAAACCCCCCUGGAGGUCCAUCGUUUGGUCAGUGACCUCCUAUAAUCAGAAGGAAAACAUUGGUAAAACAGUGUUUCCAAGAAAAUCUAGGACAGCAAAUAAAUUUUACCAAAUUCUUUCCAAACGCUUACCUUAAAUGACUUUCAAGCUGGACUUAUAGGUGUAUCUAAGACAGCAAACUGACAUUCAGCCCAAAUAUUUCCAUAACUGGCAUUCAGGCACUGUUGCAAACCAGCCCCACAGCUUGAGAAACGAUGCUCUAGGGUCCCUAUCACAUUCACACUACACACAUACUAUCAAUUUCAUUGUAAGUCAAUUAACCUGCAAUAAAAGUUAGAAUAAGCCUCAAAGUCAACAUUCUCAACAUUUAACAUCAACAUGAUGAAUUUUUUUUUUUUUGUAAAUUUUUUGUCAUACUGGUCCUA